AUGGCGCGCAUCGCCAGUCUCCAGGUUUACGCCCUGCGAGGUCCCAAGAUUGCGCGACCUCAUUGGACGGCCUUCUUUCCAGUACCUCCGGGAAAUGAGAUCUUAGUGCGUCUUCGCACCCAGCAGGGAUUGGAAGGUUUCGGCUUAGCCAGCAGCUACAGUGCCAUCGAACCCUUGGUGAAGCCCUGGCAGAGCGGGCUAUCUGAGCUGAUCCUGGGGGAAGAUGCCUUGGCCCCUGAGAGGCUGUACCAAAAGAUGUUCAGACUCACGGCCAACAAGGUGGCCAGUGAAAAAGGCUGGUCCCGAGAAGCUAUGAUACGUCUAAGCGCUGCAGUGGAUUUGGCAUGUUGGGACAUUGUGGGGAAGGCUGCCAACCUUCCUUUGUACAAACUCUUCGGUGGAUUUCGAGACGAAGUGCCAUGCUAUGCAACCUGUGGCUAUUACCGUGAAGGUAAGGAUGAGCAGGAGCUGCGAGACGAUUUGCAGAUGAUGGUGGACCAAGGUCAUACCGGUUUCAAGGUGAAAAUUGGUGGCCUUUCAUUGAAGGAUGACAUGGAGAGAUUGCGCGUCAUCCGCGAAGUCAUCGGAGAAAGGAAGGAUCUCAUGGUGGAUGUGAACCGCGCAUGGGACUUCAAAACGGCCUGUGAAGGUGUAAAGUUGCUGGAGGCCUUUAAUCCGCGCUGGCUGGAAGAACCCGUGGCCUGGGAAGACGACCGACGGCUGCUGAAACUCUUGGCGCAAAGGACCAGCAUUCCGCUGUCUGGUGGUGAGAGUGAGAACACGAGCUUCGGUUGUCGGUCCCUCUUGGAGGUGAUUGGACAACCAGUCGGGCGACCCAUUUAUGCGCAAGAUGACCGGAUGGGUGGCAAUUUAUUUGGCUAUGGCGGCUAUGGUGGCACCAAUAGCUGGAGCUCAGGCGCUCCCCCCACUCAAGACGAGCGAGGGGCAGGCACGGGCUGGAUGUUGUAUGCUUUGGGCUGCUUCCUUUGCCUUUGCUUUGGGCCCGUGGGCCCAUUGUUUUGGUUUGUCGUAGCUGGUAUGCACUAUUGUAAGCCUAGAGAAGUGCGAGAAAAUUUACCUCAAGAGGCACAAGUUGCGCGGGUCUCACUGAUGACAGCAGUUGGAUCGACUUGCAUGCUGGUGGCGAUUUUUAUGUUCCUAGCAUUUGUGGUGUAUCCCAACACCAGCGCAUGGCAGGGGCCAUUUGCUUGCGAGGAGCCCUGUCGCGACUGGGCCAUGUCCAGUUCCUCCCAGGAAUUGUUGGUGUGCCUGAACAAAAAUACCCAGCGCUGUGCUGCGCCCAACCGCAAUCGCUGUUGGGAUGAUGAGACCCUAUGCAGGCAGACAGUGACGUCCUCGGCCACGGAAUGCCCCCGGAGCUGCGACUCCUUCUCGGGCUUCGCUUCGCGGUCAGACCGAGCGGUUUGCUUCAACAAUGCGACUGCAGCGUGUUCAGAAUCAUCAUCCAGGGGAUGUUUUUCGACUGACUUCGUGUGUCGUCCCAUCUAG